CUUCUUUUCCCUUAAAAGAAACAAAGCUCUUUCCCGUCUCCUCUCAAAACUUAUGAAGAACUUCACAGUUGCGGAGACAGAAUACAGUUUUUGACUAGUUAGAAAACUUGUUAAGUUCCAACUUCUCAUCUUUGGUUUGUACUCAAACCCUAGCCCUAAUUACCACCAAUCUUUUGGUUUGUACUCAAUCAUCUUCUUUACCAUAGCAGCGAGAAAAGGAAAAGAAAAAUAAAUUGGAAUUGCAAUGGAGAAUCUCGCUCUCUCUUCGGCUCACGCAGCAGCAUUCAAGGAAUCGGAAUCUCUGGAGGGCAAGUGCGCUAAGAUCGAAGGCUACGAUUUCAACGAAGGAGUGAACUAUCCCCAGCUUCUCAAAUCCAUGAUCACAACUGGGUUUCAAGCUUCCAAUCUCGGGGACGCCAUUGAAGUCGUCAAUCAGAUGCUAGACUGGAGGCUUGCUGAUGAAAGUGUGACAGAGGAUUGUAGUGAGCAGGAGAGGGACCAGGCUUACAGAGAGUCUGUGAGGUGUAAAGUGUUUUUGGGUUUUACUUCAAAUCUUAUUUCUUCUGGUGUUAGGGAUACAAUUCGCUAUCUUGUUCAACAUCGUAUGGUUGAUGUUGUGGUUACUACUGCGGGUGGUGUGGAGGAAGAUCUAAUAAAAUGCCUUGCACCCACGUACAAAGGUGAUUUUUCUCUACCUGGAGCUCUUUUGCGAUCAAAAGGAUUGAACCGCAUUGGUAACUUGUUGGUUCCAAAUGAAAACUACUGCAAAUUUGAGGAUUGGAUUAUUCCAAUUUUUGACCAGAUGUUGAAAGAACAGGUUGAAGAGGUAUUUCUUUGCAUCAUUAAUGGGUGCAAUUAUUUUCUUUUUUCUUUCUUGUUUCCUCUCUUCGCGCUAUUUAUACAUUUUCCAACUUCUUGCAAAUCGUUGAUGUUUCCUUUGACAGAUCUUUCAUGGAAAUAUGAGAAUGAAAUUCCAGUCUUCUGUCCAGGCUUAACAGAUGGCUCUUUGGGGGACAUGUUGUAUUUCCAUUCUUUUCGCAGCUCAAGCUUGAUCAUUGACAUAGUGCAAGAUAUUAGAGCUAUGAAUGGUGAAGCCGUCCAUGCAAGUCCCAGAAAAACAGGAAUGAUAAUUCUGGGAGGAGGAUUGCCAAAGCAUCACAUCUGUAAUGCCAAUAUGAUGCGCAAUGGUGCGGAUUAUGCUGUAUUUAUCAAUACAGCACAAGAGUUUGAUGGGAGUGAUUCUGGAGCUCGCCCUGAUGAGGCUGUGUCAUGGGGUAAAAUUCGAGGUUCUGCCAAAACCGUCAAGGUACAUUGUGAUGCAACUAUUGCUUUCCCUCUGCUGGUUGCAGAGACAUUUGCCACAAAAGAAAAAAUUCCUCUUGAAACCAACACACUCUAGAUUUAUACCAGUGAAGCUACUAAUUGGCUUUUUCAUAUAUUUAUUUUAAUUGCCUCUUACUAUUUGAAGAGGAUCAGAGUUACAACAGAUGGUACAUGGCUGGCCUGUGUGGUGUUGACAACACUGCAGGCUAUGAUGGAUUCGGCAUUGAGAAGAUGGAUGACUGAUAUUGUUGGCGGCAAAAAACAAGUAUUGAUAAUCAGUAUCGUCUCUCUUUUGAGUUAUCUGUAGUACUGUUUACUUUUAUUGCAGUACAUGAACUCAUGAAGGUAUCUUUUGGCAUUGUGGGCACAUCCCGCCAGAACACUGCUUUUCAUGUCCUUCCAAUUUGUUAUCUGUAACUGCACUUGAUGUGCUCUUUGGUGGUUUUGCUUUUGCUUUGUUAUAUAUAGUGGUGCAUUUUGACGAA